AUGCUUGGUGGGUGUCUGUAUCCAUUGGUGGAGGAACUUGAGCCAUUGUGGACAGCAGAUGUCACAGGUUUGCUUCUUGAAAUGGACCAAAGCAUUAUCCUUCAUUUGAUAGAAUCACCUGACGCACUUAAAGUUCAAGUCAAAGAGGCAAUUAAGGUUCUAAGUGACUGGUUCCCCGAGCAGAUGCUGCUUAUGAGCUCCACCAAACCCAUGAGAGUGAAGAGUGCUGUUUCCACCUACUUUGAGUCAGAUUGCAGGCUCCCUCAAGGGACGUAUUGGGUGAAUCUAGCAUUUGUAUAUGCUACUCCUGAGCGACAAAGAGAUAUACUUGGUGAGUGUUUGUUUCCAUUGGUGGAAAAACAUGAGCCAAUUUUCUCAGCAAAAGUCACAGGAAUGCUUCUUGAAAUGGACCAAAGCGAAAUCCUUCAUUUGAUAUUUACACCUGAAGCACUUAAAGCUAAAGUCGAAGAGGCAGUUGAAGUUUUAUGGGUCUCGUGGAUUCCGCAGCAGCUGGAGUUUAUGAGCUCCUGCCCCACCAAGCUUAUGAGUAAGCUCUAA